AUGCUUGACCCCGUGUCUGCACUCGGUCUAGCUGCCAGCGUCGUACAACUGGUCCAAUUCGGAUCCGGCCUCGUAAUUAAGGCACGCAGCAUAGUCAAAUCGGGCAAAGACAGCGAUCUGGAUGUUGUCUCAACCCUAACACGUGAAUUUGAGAAGAUUCAUGACCAAUUCAUCGUUACAUUGGACCGCUUUGAGCGUAACUCAGGCAUCACUUUCCAAGCAGCGCCGACUAUGUCGGUUGUCUCCACCGAUGCCCUGGCUGCCGUUCGGGCACUUUCAGCAGAAGCUUACGCCACUGCGAAGAAGCUCGAGGCAUUGUUAGGGUACCUAAAAGUGCAACCCGAGCUUCGAAGAAGUAGAAGACAGGCACUAGUACAGGCAGUCAGAACUGACAAGCGACCUAGCGAUCAUACCUCAGAUCUAUCUCAAGCACUACAGCAUGUGGCGCUAGAAAGUACUACGUCCCACGACACCAUCAUUAACUGCAUUGAAACCCUACAAGGCAUCUGCCGUUUCGACCACACUGCUCUUAACCACACCGAACUGGUUCGACUGUCAACGAGUCUGGAUGCCGUGUCUCGACAAAGGUGGUUCAAGGUUAUCACGACCUGCAACAAUAUCUUGUCGAGUCUGACGUUCGAGGAACGGACUUGGCGGCAGGAAGCCAUACUGGAAGCGCACAGUAGGACGUUCGACUGGAUCUUUAACAGCCCCGAUAGUGGUUUUCGAGCCUGGAUGCAGUCGGCUGGCAAUGUCUUUUGGAUAGCUGGCAAGGCCGGUUCUGGCAAGUCCACCUUGAUGAAAUACCUCAGCGAGCAUCCUCGAACUUCUGAAUUGCUCGGCGCUUGGAGUGGUCAUAAGAGGGUCAUUCUAGCCAGCCACUACUUUUGGUAUGCGGGCACACGCAUGCAGAAGACACAACUCGGCUUGUUGAGGUCGAUUCUUCUACAAAUCGUUAGGCAAAGUCCCGCACUUGCGUACACAGUUGUGCCGCAACGGUUCAUCAAGGAGUCGCAUGGGGAGGAGUAUUUUCCAUGGACCCGCCAGGAGCUGACUGCGACUUUACGAGCAAUCGCUGAACACAAAGAUCUGUCAAUACGGUUUUGCUUCUUUAUUGAUGGACUGGACGAAUAUGACGGGGACCAUUCGGAUAUCGUUGAGGUCAUCUCGACUCUCGCCAAAUCACCAUACAUCAAGAUCUGUGUGUCCAGUCGACCAUGGAAUGUCUUUACUGGCGCAUAUGGCAAAGAUGGCAAGUGCAAGCUACUAUUACAAGAUCUCACAAAGUCAGACAUAGAGAAGUAUGUGUCCGAUACUUUAAUGGCAGACCGGCGGUUCGUGCGACUACACGGUCCCGGUGAGCUCUGCAGACCAUUGAUGCUCGACAUCAUGCGCCGCGCUCAAGGAGUAUUCCUUUGGGUAUUUCUGGUGGUUCGGUCACUCUUGAGAGGCUUGACUGAUAACAAUGAUGUACCCACGCUUAUGGCUAGGCUUGAUCAUUUCCCGCAAGAUCUAGAUGGUUUCUUCGAACACAUGCUCGAAAGCAUCGACCCAGUGUAUCAACACCACACAGCAAGGAUAUUUCUCGCGGCGUUGCAAACGGAGUUCAGACUUCCUGUCUCGGUCCCCUGGCAUUUGGGUCGAGAGCUGGCAGAUCCAGAGUAUGCGAUGAAAGCGCCGAUCCAGAAGUUGACGGAAAUCGACGAGCUUGAAAUAAGGAACGUUACAGUGUACCUGAACGCCAGAUGCAUGGAUCUGCUGGAAAUCGACAAUGUCAAACUUCAGACAAUUGUCUUCCUUCACCGCACCGCCAAGGAUUAUUUGGAACAGGAUCACGUCCUGGCCAAGAUACGGCGGCGCGCGGGUGCAUCGUACGAUGUUCGAUUGUCGCUGGCAAAGGUCUGUUUAGCUGAGAUGAAGCUACAGCCCAGUCUGCCCCGAUUCGCUGACCUCUUGAGCGGACUGUUGCAAUACGGACGAUUGAUGAACUCUACUGGGACUGCCGCCUAUCUUCGGUUGAUAUCGGAGCUGGACCAAAAAGGCGACAGAUUUGUGUCGGACUUCGGUCCUGAGCGACACCAGCAUUGGACAGCAGCUUUGACGUUUGUAGGCAGUACCUAUACCUUUCCAAACUUUUUGGCUUUCGCCGUCGCGGUUGAUCUGGUCAGCUAUGUGCGUGCGACACUUCGACAGCACCCAGCUGCUAUGCGGAGUUCGCAUGGGAAGACCUUACUGGAGUAUGCUCUCCGCCCUCACAAAAAUCUUGGUGGACACGAGUUGAUGCUGGGUGACAUCAUCACUUCUGACGGUAUAGAUCCGGAUAUGAUCAGCCUGUUGCUUCAGCACGGCGCAAACCCAAAUGCUUAUUUGUACAACGAAAGCAGGUUGACGUUAUGGGAGUGGUUCCUAUCGAAUUCCCAUGACCCCCUGCGUCAGGAUAGCGACCCUCAUAUUCGUACAGCAAAGCUUAUGAUCCAGCACGGAGCGGAUCUCAAGCGACUAUGCUGUUCGGCAGCUUUCAAUGUAGCGAGCAGCAAGAUGUUAGGCUCUGCACAGAGCAGCAUGCGGGAUGCCCUGAACGCAUUCAUGGGGACCUGCCCGCCAACGAAGGUUACUGCCUGGAACCUCCUGCAGUCGCUGUUGUCAGAUGCGACGCUUGAGGAAUUGCAGCUGUCAAUACCACAAUCGAAGGCUUGGUGGGCGUGGUGGUAUGCUGGAGCGCGUACGGUUACCUAA